GAGGUUGCCCGUUUUAAGCUUAUUUGUUUUAACAACCGUGGCUCUUUCUGCGGCGAGAACUUCUCAAUCCUCGCGAAAUCGAAUCGUAUGUGGCGGUACAGCCGAAGAGGGCUUGGCUCCUUAUCAGGUAUUACAAAUUAGAAGGCUUCUUAGGAAAUCACUUUUGCGGUAGGGCCAUAAUUGACGCCGAAUGGAUUUUAACGGCAGCCCAUUAAGUUGCAUGCUUGCAGCCGCAAGACAUUAUGGUUGAAACGGGCACUCAAGACUUAACGAAGCCCGGUGUUCAUUAUGAUGUAAAACGCAUUUGCACGCACUGCGAUUACAAUCAACAGCUUUUGCACAACGACAUAGCUUUGCUGCACUUGAAUUCCACUAUUGUGUUGGACGAGAAAACCCAAAUUAUCGCCUUACCGGUGCAAGCGAUGGAAGACGACGAUGAUGUUUUACUUACUGGCUGGGGAGCACUAACCAGCGCCGGAGGUGGCGGCCGUCCAAAGCUGCAGAAAAUCUAUUUAAAAUACGUGCAAUUAGAACGUUGUAAAGAGUUGUGGGAUAAUGACUCCAGGCUACACGCUGAUAACAUAUGCACAUUCACCCAGAAAGGCGAAGGAGUUUGUUACGGUGAUUCGGGUUGGCCUUUAAUUAGUAAUGGACAUAUAGUUGACGUGGUUAGUUGGGCCAAAACAUGUACUCUUGGCUUUCCAGAUGCUCAUGCUAGUCCACAUUUCUAUUUGGAUUGGAUAUGUCAAACCAUGCGAGGCAAUAAGAAAUGCUCGUGCAAUGCGUAG